AUGUCCAAGUCGACGAUGAAGAGCAAGAUUUCGCCCUCCUCGGGCUCUGCUGCAGGGACCGGCUCUAGCAGCGGCGGCGGCCUCAACUCGCUGACGCACUUCAAGAGCUCGCAGAACUAUCUGUGGAACACGAAUGCGGUGCUGGGCAAGGGGGCCACUGGAGCGGUGUAUUUUGGCCACAACAAGCACAGCGGCGACACAGUGGCCGUCAAGUGCUUCAACCACCUCAGCCACAUGCGACCGUACGAGGUGCAGAAGCGGGAGUUUGAGGUGCUGAAGAAGGUGAACCACGAGAACAUUGUCCGUCUGUUGGCCAUCGAAGAGGAGAACGACACCAAGCAGAAGGUGCUAGUGAUGGAGCUCUGCACCGGCGGCUCGCUCUUCAACAUUCUCGACGAUCCGCUGAACAGCAACGGCCUCGAGGAGAAGGAGUUUCUGCUGGUGCUGAAGCACUUGGCUGCGGGCAUGAAACACCUCCGCGACAUGAACAUCAUCCACCGUGAUCUAAAACCGGGCAAUAUUAUGAAGUUCGUCGCCGAGGACGGCACCUCCAUUUACAAAUUGACCGAUUUUGGUGCGGCAAGAGAACUGGACGAUGAUCAGCAGUUUAUGUCGCUCUACGGGACAGAGGAGUACCUGCACCCGGACAUGUACGAGCGCGCCGUCCUCCGGAAACCGGUCGGCAAGUCCUUCAAGGCAAACGUCGACCUGUGGAGCAUCGGCGUCACCCUCUACCACAUCGCCACCGGCUCCCUGCCCUUCCGCCCGUACGGCGGCCGCAAGAACAAGGAAACGAU